AUGGAUUACCCUAACAUUAUAAAACCUACCCUUAAUAUUGUGAAGCAUGGUGAGGGUUUCCAAGCAGUGAUCCCGAAUGCAAUUCUGGUGUGCACUGAAAGCGAGAAGAACUUCCUCACAUCGUUCUCUGGUCGCGACAAGGCUUACCUGAUGCUGUUCAGGGUGUGGCAGAACGCGCUGAUGGAUCAGCCGAUGAGCAGCCAGGAGAUUUGGCAAUGGGUACACAGCUGCUACGGCGAGGAGUUGGGAUUCAAUUCCGACGACGAAGGCUACGCGCGAGACUGCUCCGAGGACGCGCCGGCGUUGCCCGACGCCGUAUCCGAGGUAGACUUGGUGGAUACAUCACUGGUGAUGGACACCAGCGGCGGGGGUGACGGCGGGGGCGGAGGGGGAGGCUCGGACGACCGCAGCCCCCCGCCCACGGCACACAACAGGGACUCCUCGCCACCACUAGUAACGAAUGGGUCUGCGCGGUACCGAGACGAGCGUCCGACGCUCCCCACCGACCUGUCGGACACCAGCGACAGCGAGCCGGACAAGCCCCACACUAGUGGAGAAUCGGAGAAAUGUACGGAAUCCCACGAGGGUAAGGUGAUCAUGCAGCAGGAGUUCCCCUUCAACAUCGACCAGAUGUUCACAAUGAUCUUCACCAAUUCCAAGUUCACGGUGGAACUGCUCGCCGCCAGGAAUACCACGGACUACGUUCAGGCGCAGUGGCAGGUGCAGGCUGGCCGCAAGUGUCGGCAGUGCAAGUACACGCUCGCACUCACCACCGGGCCCAUCGGACCCAAGGAGGUGCAGGUUACAGAGACCCAGGUGAUGAACAAGUGCUCGAAGCCGGGUGUCCUGUACUCGAUCGACGCGGAGAGCGAGAAUGCCGGUAUCCCGUAUGCAGACUAUUUCACUGUGAACGUUCACUACUGCCUGCAGAGGACCGGUCGACGGUCCACCCGACUCAGUGUUUAUGGGAACCUGCGCUAUAAGAAGUCCAUGUGGCCCAUGGUCAAAGGUUUCAUAGAGAAGAAUGCUAUAUCAGGUCUGGAUGACUACUUCCGGUUGCUGGAGACGCGCCUGACGGCAGAGGCCGAGGGCGCAGCCCCACUCACACGCAAGGCGCGCCCCUCACGACGCUCGUUAAUAUCUCAGGAGGGCGCUGCUGCGCCGGUGGUCGCUGUGGGGGCUCUGCCCGCUCCGGCCCUGGGGCCCGCGUUUCCCUCCCCCGCUCCCCGGGAGCGAGCCGCGGGGGGGCGGGCCGGGGGUUGGGGGGGAACAGGGGGGUGGCUGGCGGCUGCGCUCGUCGUACUGCUGGCCAUCAACGCGCUGCUGUACUGGAGACUCUAUUACCACUCGACACCCACGCUCGACUUCGACCUCCUGCAGGACAGGAUGAGCGUGGCGAGCGGGUCGCAGAUGUCGGAGUGGUCCCGAGUGCUGCAGCAGCACACGCGGCGGCAGCGCUCGCAGCUGCUCGCCUGGAGGGACGCGCUGCAUCGCACCGUCACGCAUCUCGCGCAGACGGAGCAAGCGCUGAAAAACUUAUUGGAGACCAUAAAGCCCUCGCUGGAACGUGCCCAGCGGGAGGCUGAGGAGUCCCGGGAGGAUCUCUGAAUAUAGAGGGACCGGUUAGAUUAAUUAAUUUCCAAUUUAACACUAUCACUGCUCCAUGUGGCUCAAGUUAAAUGUUGAGAUUCGUCAGCUCCAGUCGCUUCGACUUAUUUGGUACUUAAUUUUAUCUUUAUUUAUUUAUUGUUAUUAAAGCUAAGCUAACUUUAAAGUUUCCCAAUAUGUUCACUUAGAAAAUUACACAAACAUAUGUAUAUAUGCUAGCUGUGCCCGAGAUUUAGCACGCGUGAAAUUUAUAGUCCAUAUACUAUUCUGAUGUAUAAGCUAUAUUACUGUAAAGUUUCAUUAAAAUCCGUUGAGUAGUUUUUGCGUGAAAGAGUAACAAACAUCCAUCCAUACUCAGAAACUUUUACGUUCAUGAUAUUACUAGCUGUGCCUCGCAGUUCUACCCGCGUGACGUUUAUAUCCUAUUUAUUUUUGCGUUGAUU